GGGAUUUUUCCUCCAGGAAGACGUUGAAAAACCAUGGAGGACAUUGCGAAUGCGGGAAGGUGGGAUGCACUGAACCCGCCAUUAUCGGCACCCAUUUUGGAGGCUCUGCAAACACUGUCAUUUACUCAAAUGACACCGGUGCAGGCAUCUACUGUACCGUUGUUUAUGAAGAAUAAGGAUGUUGUUGUAGAGGCUGUAACCGGUUCAGGAAAAACACUGUCGUUCGUUAUCCCCAUCCUCGAAAUGCUCCUUCGACGACAUCGUGAUGGUCGAGGACUAUUGAAAAAUCAAAUUGGCGCUGUCAUCAUUUCUCCGACACGAGAACUGGCACGACAGAUCUACGAUGUUGCUACAACCUUCCUAGAUGCCAUAAAUACAGCGGCGACUGCCGAAUUAGAAGAGAGUGGAAAUCAAGAUGAUGACUUUCAGGGAACAAUACCAGCUCUUCAACACAUGCUGUUCAUUGGUGGAAAUAAUGUGCAGGAGGAUGUCCAGCGAUUUCAGAGGGAGGGUGCCCAAGUAGUUAUUGGAACUCCCGGACGGUUGGAUGAUUUAUUGAAACGGAGUGCAGUGUUCAGUACCAAAGAGUUGGAAGUCCUUGUGCUGGAUGAAGCCGAUCGGCUACUCGACAUGGGAUUCGAACAGACCCUAACUUCCAUUAUUCAACGACUCCCGAAACAGCGACGAACGGGAUUAUUUUCUGCGACCAUGUCUGAUGCAUUGAAUCAAUUGGUUCGCGUCGGCCUUCGGAAUCCGGUGCGUGUUCAAGUCAAGGUGGAGAGUUUAACUCAACAGGAGGAACAAUGUACACCAUCCAGUUUGGAAAUCGGAUAUGUGAUAUGUACGCCUGAGCAGAAACUCGUUCAGCUGAUGCGUUUCUUGAAGAGAGAAAAGGAUAAAAAGUUUAUUGUAUAUUUUGCAACGUGUGCUUGUGUCGACUAUUUUUUCAAAGUACUAUCAAACCUACCCGACCUCAAGGAAUUUUCGUUCCAUUCGUUGCACGGCAAAAUGGAUCCCAAACGCCGUGAAGCCGUUUAUAAAAAGUUCACGUCUGCCCCCUCUUCCUCCGUCCUAGUUUGCACAGACGUCGCUGCCCGCGGACUGGAUAUUCCAGAUGUCGACUAUGUAAUUCAAUUCGAUCCACCUCAGGAUCCCAAAUCAUUUGCCCACAGAUGUGGUCGAACUGCUCGGUUGGGAAGGGAGGGCAAGGCGGUGGUGUUUUUGACGCCACAAGAGGACACCUAUGUCGAGUUCCUUAGGAUUCGAAAAGUCCCCAUGGUCGAACAUCCCUUGAUAUCAGAUGCCGAAGCCGGACGAAAGGGGACAGAAAAUGAUAUCCUAGAAGCUGUGCGUAAAGCCAAUACCAAAGACAGAGACCUCUACGAAAGGAGCACAAAAGCUUUUGUAAGCUGGGUACGAUCCUACAGCGAGCACCAAGCGAAUUACAUCUUUCGGUUCAAAGACGUCGAUGUCGCAGCUGUUGCUCGUGCGUUUGGACUUCUCAAGCUUCCCAAAAUGCCCGAGUUGAAAUCGCUCAAGAUUGACUUUCAGCCUACAGUCAUCAACAUUGACUCCAUCAAAUAUAAAGACAAGGCCCGCGAAAAGCAGCGACAAGCCAAAAUCGCUAAAGAGAAAGCCUUGGCCGAAGGAGAAGCGGCCAAGAAAGAUAAAAAGCGUAAACAGAAACCAAAAGAGACGGUUGCAUGGUCACAGCAUAAGGAGCUAAAGGAGCGAAGAUUGGAGCGCAGAGAAAAGAAGGAGAAAAAGCGGGUAGCCAUUGCGAAAGCCAAAGUGGAAGGCACGUUUGUUCCCAAGAUAAAGAAGACGACAGAAGGCGACACCAGCUCUAAGCGAAGUCGGGGGAGUGAUAGUGAUAGCGAGGAUGACUGGGAGGAAAUGAAGUUGGAGGCUCGGGCGUUGAAAAAGGCCAAAAAGGCUGGAAAAACUCGACAACUGGAGAUAGAUUCAUCGUCGGAUAGUGACUAAGUGGUGCACAGAAGAUCUGGUGCGGGCGAUUGGCAUGUACAUAGUUUGCAGUAGCUUCCAUGCUUUUAUUUAUUCUUAGAUAUAAUAUUAUUCGUAUAGUUAAGCAGCAA